CGGGUCCGCCUGACGUCACAGUGCCCGGGCCCCCGCCCCCGCGUCGCCAUGGAGACCGCACCACAGCGGGGCGCUCGAGACCGGCGGGGCAGGGUCCGUGCGGGGAUUGGGGGGUGGCUGGCUGGGAGCUGAGCCAUGCUGGCAGAGCCGGGCUGUCCAAGAGGCUACGCAAAGAGCAACCGGCCCCAUGGAUUCCCAGGCACUGACAGCGAGGGGGACGCUGGCACAGAGAAGGCAGCUCUGCUCCCUGCCCGCCACAAGGGCCCUGCUGCCCCUGGCCCCAGGAGACAGCGGCAGGAAGGGCUCACAGCCCCUCCGAGCGAGGGGCGCACUCGGCGCAGCAGCGGCUGCUACCCUCUCAACCCAAAGCGCCUCAAGCAGGCCAGGCUGCACGUGGAGAGAGCCGUCAAGGAAAGAAAGAUCUUCAUGCUACAUGGCCCGUACCCCGUGAUCCGGAGCCUGUUGCGUGGCCGGGGCUGGGUGGAGAAGAAGGACCCCAAGGUGGCCUGUCGACGGGAACGAACACCCAACAGCGAGGAGGAUGGGGAGGGGGAUGACAGCAACGGCGCUGAGGAGGACGAGGACAAGGAAGAGGAGGAACAGGAUGAUGAGCCUGAUGGCACCUACGACCUCAUGUCGCGGCUGGUUCGCAACCAGACGCCCUAUUUCAUCUGGACAAACCGGCGAGACGCCAUCGACUGCCGCUUCCUGCGCAAGGAGCAGGUGAUGAACCACUACGCCAAGGCGGGCUCCUUCACCACCAAGGUGGGGCUGUGUCUGAACCUGCGGAACCUGCCUUGGUUCGACCAGGCUGAUGCCAACACCUUCUUCCCCCGCUGCUACCGGCUGGGUGCCGAGGAUGAGAAGCACGCCUUCAUCGAGGAUUUCUGGCUCACCGCCGCCCGGAGCAUCCUCAAAGUGGUGGUGAAAAGGUCCUGGAGCGCAGCUUCCUGUGGGGCUGGGGUGGCGGCAGCUUCUAGCGCACAGGGGCCCAUGAAGGCCGGUGAGCCCGCAGAGUCCCCAAGAGGGACUGGCGGGAAGAAGGGCAGCCCUCUGCCACCGCAGCUCAUCAAAACGGCCCUGCAGGCCUGCGAGGAGCACCUGAGCACCCUGACACACCAGGAUAUCGACAGGGAGCCCGAGUCCCCUCUGUGCAUGAUGGGGGCACGCUGUGGGGACUUCCUGCGCGCCUACUACCAGGUGGUUCAUGAAGGAGCACUCCUGGACCAGCUGGGCUCCUAUGUCGAAGAGUGCGAGCACUUCCUGCAGCGCCUGGCUGAGGUGCUCCCACAGCUGGAGAUGGAGGGGGACCGCAAUAUCUGGAUUGUGAAGCCGGGAGCCAAGUCACGGGGCAGAGGAAUCAUCUGCAUGGACCGCCUGGAGGAGAUGCUGAAGCUGGUGGAUUGCGACCCCAUGAUCGUGAAGGACGGCAAGUGGGUGGUGCAGAAAUACAUCGAGAAACCCCUGCUCAUCCACGGCACCAAGUUCGACCUGCGGCAGUGGUUCCUGGUGACGGACUGGAACCCGCUCACCAUCUGGUUCUACCAAGACAGCUACCUCCGCUUCUGCACACAGCCCUUCUCCCUGCACAACCUGGACACCUCCAUCCACCUGUGCAAUAACUCCAUCCAGAGGCACUACGAGAACUCACUGAGCCGCCACCCACAGCUGCCCCCUGACAACAUGUGGUCAUCACAUCAGUUCCAGGCCCAUCUGCAGCAGGUGGGGACGGCGGGUGCCUGGCAGGAGGUGAUCGUCCCGGGCAUGAAGGCGGCCAUCAUCCACGCCAUGCAGACCUCCCAGGACGUGGUGGAGUUCCGCAAGAGCAGCUUCGAGCUGUAUGGGGCAGACUUCAUGUUUGGGGAGAAUUGCCAACCCUGGCUGAUCGAGAUAAACGCCAGCCCCACCAUGGCAGCCUCCACGGCCGUGACCAGCCAGCUGUGUGCCAGCGUGCAAGAGGACACGCUCCGCGUGGUCAUUGACCGUAAGCACGACCACAGCUGCCACACGGGAGCCUUCGAGCUCAUCUACAAGCAGGCGGCUGUCGAUGUGCCCCAAUACGUAGGAAUAAGCCUUUUGGUGGAAGGAUCCACUGUCAAAAAGCCACAGCCUCCAAACCACAAACUCUCCCCCAGUGCCAGCCCCAGGCCGGGCCCCAACAUGCCCAGCUGCCCGCAGCACUCACCAGAACCCCCCCAGAGCUCGCCUCGUGGGCCUAGGGCUCCAUGGCUCACCAGGGCCGCCAGGCCUCCGGCGCCAGUCAACAGCAAGGAGAACAGAGCCAGGGAGACGGGGGCAGCCAUGAGGGGCUGUGCUGCAGCUGGCACCCGGCUGAAGCUGCUCAGCAAGCUGCGAGCAGAGCCAGGCAAGACGAGGCUGCUGGAGAUGCACAGCGUGGUCACCUCCCCACGGGGGGACAAGCUGGUGCCGCUGCGCCAGCCCAGGCUCUGUCUCAAGUGCAGCUCCCAGGUGCCAGUCCCUAGCCCCAGGGCACCCCCACGGCUCCACCUCCAGCUCAGCAAGGACAAGGGGCAGCUGCAGAGACCAGCCCAGCAGCCAGGUAGGGAGCUGCAGCUGCACCUGCGGGACUUGCGCACCUUCCAGCUGGCCUGUGGGCACGCUGCCACCCCCAGUCACUCCCUUGCUUGCUCUCCAGGGAAGCCCUGUGUGCCGGAGCACCAGUGGGGACAUGCCCAGGCUGCGCUGCGGGAGAGGCCCCCCGCCCCUCCUGCUGGGCCUGGCCAGCACUGUGCCAGGGGCUGGCUGUGCAGGGCCCCCCACCCAGCCUCUGCCCCUGAGCUCGGGGCCUUGCACACAGACGUGGGCAGGAGAAGGAAGCAGAAGAGAGACAGGAUGUGCAGGUGAUGGAGGGAGCUGCCCCUGGGGCUACAGGCAGCAGUGACGGAGUCAAGCCAGGGGCUAGUGCCCGCCAAUAAAGGGCUCAAGAGAAGGAGCUGGAGUUUGUGAUGUGGGCAGGAAAUGCAACCUGGGGCUGCCUUCACCCAGGGGGUGGCUGCCAGGGCCUGGGGGAGGGGGCUCUGGGGCUGGUUGCAGGCAGAGCAGGUCCUACAUCUCAAAUGAGCCCCAGCCCAAGGGGCAGCCCCCCUUUCCCCUCACCUUUAGCACACAGGGUUGCUGCUUGGCUCCUCUGGCCUGUCUCUCCUUCCCACACCUGCGCAGCUCUGCAGCUGAAAUGGGAACUGGGGGGAGUGGGUUGGGUGCUGCCCUGUGCUGGGGAGUGGGGGUAGAGCUGGGCACCCCCCAGGGAUGGGAGGGGGAGCUGGGCACCACCCUGGGCCAGGGUAUGGCAUGGAGCUGGGCACCAGUGGGGGGGGAAAGGUGGCUAUUGCCCUUAGGGGUGUGGUGAUGGGCAUGGAGCUGGGCACUGCCCUGGGGGGGCCUAGGGGGGCAUGGAGCUAGCCACCACCCUGGCAGAGGCCAUGAACAGGCCCUGAGGCAGCAGGCUUCAGGGCAUAGGGUAGGGAGCAAGGCCUGUGGCCCAGCUGAAUGGGGCCAUGCCCUGGGGAGACAGACCAGACCCAGCCAGUGCUCCCCAGAUUGGGCCUUGCCCCGCCUAUUUCUCUUUCCUUCCCAGGCCCCGCAGAGACACGCAGGCUCCCAGGCCUCUGCUGCCCUGCCGGAAACCCAUGGGCUGGUUUGCAUCUGCUCAGCAGCUGGCCCCACCCUGGCAGCAAGGCAGCCACCUCGAGCAGUGAGCCCCUGAGUGCUUGGGGCACGGCCCUCUGCCCUGCUCGCCUGCAGUCACCCUGCCGCUGGACUGGCCUCAGCUGGGGCCCCACCGCAGCAAGGGGUACAGUGGGUUGCCCCAUUCUGCUGGACUCUGGCGGUGAAGCCAUCCUGUGGGGGGCUGGGCGCCCAGCUGAGGACACCUGGCAUUGCGGGCAAAGGCAGAGGAGCCCGCCAGGGACCCCCCCAGAAAGCAGAGGGGGGAAGGCACCAGCUGGGGCAGGCGGCAGAGCAGGGCAGAGGACGGUCACAGCAGCUGGUGCUUUGGCUGCAGCGCCCAGGGCUAAGACUGAGAAGCAGGGUGAGGGUAAGAUCAGCUCCUGGUCAGGCCCCGAGACCACAGGCCACAAGUGGCCAGAGGGUCUGGAACUAGGAGUGCAGGGGUUUGACGUGGUUUCCAUCAUAUCCAGGGUUUGCAGUUUGGCUCCAUGGCUCAGCCCCCCCCAUUACGCAUCGCUCCAGUGCCCCUGCAAGCCACCAGCCUUGGCACUGUUGGGCAGGGGGCAGUGCAGCACAGCAUAGGGCGCAGUGCAGACAGGCCAGGACCUGCAUCCUAAUCCCUUCACCACAAGCUGCCCCCUAAGGAAGGCAUGGCCUGCCCCCCAUCCCAAUAGGCAAACCCUUGUUUUCACUGCAUUGGGACCUGCUGCGGGCUGGGUUCUCCGCCCCAGGGUUGGACUGGAUGGUUUCACAGCAGCGCAACAGAGUGGGGGACACAGAGCAUGGGACUGUCUCACACAACCUGAGCGCACCCAAGGCUGCUCUGGGGGGCCAUCCUGCCAGACCCUGUGCAUUCAGCUUUCCUUUCCAGUAGGGUGCAGUGCCCUGACUUCACUGGCACAGACUCUGCCUGUUGGCCCAGGUACCCUAGGCCCCCCGACCAGGGCUGAGCCCCCAGAUUGCCCAGUGGGCACUCUGGGAUGCAGCUGACUUCUUCAGGGGCACUCCAAGUGAAAGCAGCCAGACAAGGAUUCUGAACCAGUCACUCUUAGUUACAGCCAGGCAAAAUAAAACCCCGCACAGAGCCCCCUGCCUCAGUUCCUCACCCUUCCGAGUGGCCAGGCUCUCCCCCUGCAGCUCAUGCCUACUGUCAGUCAUGGGAGUGACACUCUCCGCCGGCUGGGCCUGCAGGCAGCAAUGGCUCUAUGCUACCCCCAUGUCCCCUUGGCCCUACUCGGGAAGCAGGGUUCCCAACCCUCCAGCCUGGGCCUGGAGUCUCCAAAAAUUAAAGAUUAAGCUUUAA